AAAGCAGCUCAGGUCCCUCACCCCCUGUACUACAGCAUCUUAUGGCAACUUCACCUGGUUGCUGUGCUCGUGCAAGCUGGACUUGGAUGCACUGGAGGCUACUGUUUCAGUGAAAGCGAACUUCUUUUUCAUCUUCUUUAAAUAUGCUCAGGGUCCCCAGCAAGAAAGACUGAUCUCCGUAUAAUCCAUGCAGCAGACUUCUUGAGAUAAGAACACUUGGGGGUACUAGAUUUGCGAGUGCGCAUGUGAGCUAAACGGAGGGCAGUAGAUGGCAGACCCAGCUCCCAGCAGAAUUGUCAAUGGGAACAAAGGAGGCUAUAAGGAUCUUCCUAAUCAAGGUGUCUAUUUUAGGGGGGCUGAUCUUAUAAAUCUUUACUCACAUGAAUAUUCCUUACUCAGGCAAGUCGCCUCAUUGUACAAACUACUUAGAUGAGUAAAGGCUUGUGGGAUUGGGUCCCAAGUCUGUAUAUAUAAGACCUGUAUGGAGAGCUGUCCAAAGGAUGUAUCAGAAACUCAUCAGAGCAAGGCAAAACUCAGAGCCAAAUCCUACUUGCCUAACUCGCAUGAGCAGUCCCGCUGAAGCCAAUGAGACUCAGCCCAUGGGAUUUGGCCCAUUCUCUACAUUCCAAUCCCCCCGCUAAUAUAACACAGUUCCUGGCACCACUUAGUGAUGUAUUGAUAGGAGGAACCUGGCGAAAUCCCCUGGUCUCUAUCCCACGGGGGCGGCCCUGGGCUCUAGAUGUUCAGGACUCCCCGUCAGGGGAUGUACAGUCUCGCACAGGCCGGGGACCCAGGAGCUCCCAGAAGCUACAGCUGGCUCUGCCAACAGCCGUAAGGACCUUGUCUAUUUCACCAAACUACCCCGCUCUGCCAGCAAAGGUAUCCGUUCAGCAGGGGCGAACUGGGCUGAGCAGCGCGAUUGCAGCCCCUACAGGAAGCUUGAGCCCGGCGAGUCUCCGUAUCCGAGGAACUGCGUGUGUGUGUAUAGAGUGUGUCCGCCACGCUACGGGAUCGCGGAGGAGCCAGUUCCUGCCACUCGGUCGCUGUCUCUGUGUUGCGCUGGGUUGGGGGAACGGAGCAGGCAGCCAUGCCUCGCUUCGCUCAGCUGGUCAUGGGCCCGGCGGGCAGUGGGAAGAGCACUUACUGUUCCACCAUGGUCCAGCAUUGUGCAGCCAUAAAUCGCUCUGUGCAAGUUGUUAACCUAGACCCUGCAGCAGAAUACUUCAAUUAUCCUCUGAUGGCUGACAUUCGAGAAUUAAUUGAAGUGGAUGAUGUUAUGGAAGAUGACUCCUUAAGGUUUGGUCCCAAUGGUGGUUUAGUAUUCUGCAUGGAAUAUUUUGCCAAAAACUUUGACUGGCUUGAGGAUUCUCUUGGCCAUGUGGAGGAUGACUAUAUACUCUUUGAUUGCCCAGGUCAGAUUGAACUCUAUACUCAUUUGCCAGUGAUGAAACAGCUGGUGGAGCAGCUGCAGCAGUGGGAAUUCCGUGUCUGUGGAGUUUUUCUUGUUGAUUCUCAGUUUAUGGUGGAAUCUUUUAAGUUUAUUUCCGGUGUCUUAGCGGCCCUCAGUGCAAUGAUAUUGUUAGAGAUUCCACAGAUCAACAUCAUGACCAAAAUGGAUUUGUUGAGCAAGAAAGCUAAAAAGGAAAUUGAAAAGUAUUUAGAUCCCGAUACGUAUUCUGUGAUCGAAGAUUCUGCAAAUAUAAUAAAAAGCACAGUGUUCAAGAAACUGACUAAAGCUAUAUGUGGAUUGAUUGAUGACUACAGCAUGGUUCGAUUUUUACCUUAUGAUCACUCUGAUGAAGAAAGUAUAAAUAUUGUGCUGCAGCACAUAGACUUUGCCAUUCAGUACGGGGAAGAUCUAGAAUUUAAAGAACCAAAGGAAAAUGAAGAAGAUAAACCUGCUACUUUAGAUGAAUAUUUUCAAGACCAAGUGGAUGAGUAAAGAGUGUAUAUACCAAAAGAAGAGAGAAAAUAGCCUGGUUGUAAAAUAUGCCCAAAUAAGGAAUCCUUCUCUGACUAUUUGUGUGGUGUGUUUUUUGGUUGGUUGGUUGUUUUUUUUUUUUAAAUAUCAAAACUAUAACUUGAAUAAAUGGCUAGAGGAAGCCAGUCUCAUGCAUUUCCACAUUAUUACUUUAAGAAAUAAUUGUCAUUAUUGUAUAUAAAAUAUUUAGUCACAGUAAGCUAAAUUCCAUACAGAUAAUUGCAUUUCUUCUGUAAAUGCUAGAUUGCUUGAAAAAUCUGGGGGUUGUAGAGGGGCACUGUCAAAAUAAAAAUGAUUUUUUUUUUCUUCCCCAGUAACUAGUAGCUUAUUAGUAGGGAGAAAGUUUUAAAAAAAUCUAGUUUACUUACAAAAUGUCAACCAACAGCGUAAAUGGUAUUUCAUUCAUCUUCGACAACUAAAAAUGGAGUAGUCAUUUUCACUUUCUGGUUAGUUGUGUGCUAAUUUAAUGUUAUUGGGUUUUGGUUCCCAGUACUGCAGAAAAAUGUUUAAAUGCCCCCAAUAACGUGUUUUCGUAAACCUCAUGAAAAUGUUGAGAUUGAUAUAUCAAUCACCAAAUUCAUACCUGUUAUAAAUUGAUGUAGCUCUCUUGAAGUCAAUGCAAUUUUACUUGGUUAUACCAGGUAUGAAUUUGGUCCAUUAGGUUUUUGUUAAUCUGCUCACCAAUUAUUUAAUUUCAUUUUAAACAACCUACAUUAUAGGCCUAUGCAACCUGGCAGUGUCCAUCUAUCCUCCAAGAGAUGUUUUUAAAUCCUUAGCCAAUGGCAAGUUCUCUGAAAGAGAAAUCUGACUUUUAAGUGUUGACUUAAUACUUCAGAUUUACACAACUGUUCAGAAAGGUGUGAAAAGCAGUUCUUUGAAGGAAACUGUUGCUCUUGCAGUAGUACUCUGUACAAUAUUUAAA